AUGGAAGAUGCUAGAGAAAAUGCUCUUAGUAAGCUCGCAGAACUGUUGAAACAUCCCGAUGAUCUCAAUUCAAAAUUAGGGCCUCUCACUCGCAAAUUAACCAAAGAGAAGGCUUCCAUCGAUGCUCAGCUCAAUACUGGUGUUCAAUCACAGCUUGACCAUGUACAGGAAAGUCUAGAUACCCUCAGCAUGUCCAAUCGAAACAUCGAUCGUGUGAAAGAGAACAUGAGAACUAUUGAUAAACUAUGUUAUGAUGCACAAUCAAUGAUUAAAGACUUUCCUCGAAUCAACAUGAUAUCUCAAGUUCAUCAAAAUUUUGUAGCCACAGAAGCUAAAGUCAGAGCCUUCCAAAAAUUAUAUCAACAGCUGGAUGAACUAGAAGAGGCUUUCGCCCCUAUGCAAAAUGAUGUGUUCAGUCCAGCGCACGAGAUGCUUCUCCAUGUACAUUACCACCUAUUUAAACUAGAGGAGUUUCGAGACAAAACUAUGCAUCAAGCACGUGAUUCGCCUCACGAUGUAAUGAUUACACUCAAAACUUACUUUCGACGCGUGGAUGUGUUAUCCGAUGACUUUACACAACAUUUAUGGCAAUUGGCGAGAAACAUAAUUCCUCUAGUCGAAAACAACUGUGGCUCUACAAUUGUCAAGUUGGUGAAAAUCAUUGAAUGCGAGGAAGCAGCGGAUGCGAAAGCUUUAGCAGCACGGCAGGCACAAUCAAACCACCACCAGGAUUUAUUACUAUCUCAACAAAAAGAUACUGUAAGCAAUAGCAAUCUAAAGAAAUGGAGACUAGCAGAGGGUAAUCCUCGUACGAUCAAAUCUUACAGAGUGGAGUUUUUUGAACAAUUGCACGAAUCAUUACGCGAACGUUUUGAACAAGUUUUCCAGCCAUUUAAAGAAAAGGAAGAUUGGCAAGGUGUGUUGGAUGCUACUGAGUUCAUUUAUGACGAACUGGAAAUUGUCUAUGAUCAUGUUGUACCUCGCUUCCCAAAAAAGUAUAAAAUCUAUCCCUAUUUUGUGUUGGAAUAUCAUCGGCAUACAUACGAUUUAUUGAAUCAAAUAGUACAACAAGAUCUAGACGCAGGUACUAUUUUGCGCCUUCUGAGGUUUUUAAGGGAUUAUUACAGCGUCAUGAGCACACGUUUAGGUGUGACAGAAGAACUAUUAGAACCACAAUUGCUAGAUGGACAGGAACAAUCUUUGGUCGACGAAUAUCUGAAAUUAGUACGACGCAAAUUAGUAGAAUGGACUUCCAAUUUGAUGCAAUCAGAAUCAAAAGCGUUUGUCACGAGAGACGAACCACCCGAAAUAUCACAAGAUGGACAAUACGGUCUAUCAGGUGCGGUAGAUCUCUUUCAAAUCAUCAAUCAACAAAUUGACGUGGCAGCCGAGGCUAAUCAGGGAAAACUCCUUUAUCUUGUUGUCAACGAGUGUCAUAAAGUGAUGAAAGAUUCUCAAAGCUUUUGGAAGAAGUUAUUGGCCACGGAGCUUACAAAGCAGCUUGAGCAGCCCGAAGAUGUGUCGGUUGGCUUUGUCGAAUAUGUAAUGGCUCUUGCCAACGAUCAAAUCAAAUGCUCUGAUUUUGCCAAUGAUAUUUUGAUUCGCGUGCCGCCCAUUGUGGACGCAAAUUACAAAGCACAAGUGGAAGAUAAGCUUUCUACUGCCAUUGACGGCUAUUUGCAGAUCGCUGCUAGUUGUCGUGAGGCCCUUCUUGAAGUGACCUUUAAUGAUAUCAAACCUGUUUUUGCUGAUCUAUUUACUGUCCGCUGGUACGAGCAGCCACUCAUGCCCUCUGUGAUAGAGACGUUCAAAGACUAUUGCAACGACUUUGUGCACCUGAAUCAGUUCAUAUUCGAUAAGCUGAUCCAUGAUAUUUUGGACCGAUUUUUGACGAUGUAUUUAGAAGCAAUGCGACAUAAGCAAGCCAAAUUCAACAUGGAUUCAUGUUUAGACCGUAUUCAAGCUGAUGUACGUCUUUCAUUCAAUUUCUUUGCAAAGUAUACAUCAGCGGAGGAGAUGGAAGAACGGUUUGAUGUAAUUGAGAAAGUGCAUAAUUUACUUAAAAGCAAUCGACGUAUGGUGUUUGUGGAUUAUUAUACUUUGCGACAGGCCUACCCUGAUGUUCCUUUAGCCUUUGUGGAAACAGUGUUGAGUAAGAGGGAUGAUUUGGAGAAGGCAGAGUUAAAGAAUAUCAUGGAAGGAAUUAAAGCAAAGGCAAGGGAAUAUAAUCCAAAGGCAGAUUCUGCGCCUACUAUUUUCAGCAAGAUAAAAUGGUAG